AUGGCCUUUCCUGGUCAGUGCCCUUCUGACUUCCAGCCUACGUUCAGGAGAAGCCUUUGCCCCAUUGCACCAGUUGCAGCUCUCCGAUAGUGAAAAGACUGAAAACUGACAGGCAGAGAUCAGAGACAAGACAUGGGAGCUUUGGGGAUCUCCACCAUCAUCAUCACCCUCCUUUUCCUGGGAGCAGAAGGGUCUGCUGGUGAUGGUUUUGAUCUCACAGAUGCCUUGCUUGACCCAGAAACCCCCCAGAGCAACCAGCAAUUAGGACAGUGUCAGAAUGAGGCCCGGGACAUUGUCUUCCUGAUGGAUGGUUCAUCCAGCAUGCGGGCAUCAGAAUUCAUGCAACUGAAGGUGUUCAUUGCAUUCGUAAUGAAAAGCAUUCCCCAUAAUGCGCAGUUUGCCCUCCUGCAGUUCUCUAACCGCUUUGAAGAGCAUUUUGACUUCAGACGCUUCAGCAGAGACCGGGAUGCCGACAUCUUGAUCGGUGGAAUCAAACAGCUGGGAGGCUCCUCCUAUACGGCUACCGGGAUCAGAAAAGUGGUGAAAGAGCUAUUCACCACACAAAAAGGAGCUCGCCCCACAGCCAAGAAGUUCCUUGUGAUAGUGACAGACGGGGAGAAAACAGGGGACCCUCUGGAGUAUGCAGACGUUGUUGAAGAGGCCAACAGAGCUGGAAUCACGCGCAUUGCAGUUGGGGUUGGCCUGGGAUUCACAAGUACAGCCGCCCAGCGCGAGCUCCAUGCCAUGGCCUCCCACCCGCCCACAGAGCAUGCCAUUGUCGUGAGACACUUCUCAGGCCUCCGGGACACCCAGGCGGAGCUGAAAGAUAAGAUUUGCACCAGCCACGGUGCAGCUGCUCCACGGCCUUCGGUGGUGCCCCAGCCCUCCAACACCUGCUCAGAUCCCCAGGUGCUGCAGAAACUGGAGCGAGUGCUGAGUGGCCUCGAUCAGGUGAACACCAAACUGAAUGCGCUGGCUGCCAAGCAGGGGAAAUGUGCCUAGGGUUCUCAACGCCUGAGAUGGGCAGUGGAUGGAGGCAAUGUGGUUCAGGAAGGAAGGGGAGAGAAGGACAAAGAAGAUUGAACGGCGAGAACGUCGGAUCCUGGCACAUGGCGCGUAGCUUUUUAAUCUGGUUUCUUAUAGGGUGCAGAAGUCAAUAAAGCUGCCUGCUCACCA